AUGGGAAACUCAUUGCCAUGCUUGUCUCAUGCAGCCAAAACAUCCAAGACCAAAGCCAGUGGCAAGAAGAAGCCCAAGAUUCGACGCAACAAGGCGAAGAUCAUGUACGAUCAAAUCAUCUCAAAUCUUAUUCCCGACGAGAAACAUGAAGAUCAGGAGAAAAUCAAGGGAGUGAUCAGAGUGAAGAUGGUGCUAACAAAGAAGGAAGCAGAACUCUUACUCUCCACGCUCAGCAAUAAUGAUGACAUUAUUUACUGGACCAAAUCACUCGGUAGAAUCGAGAAGGAAUCAAGAAGAUCGAAUAUUCAUGGAUCAUGGAGGCCCGAGCUCGAGAGCAUCCCUGAGAUUUAG